UUUACAAUUACAAAGUGAAAAGUACAACUAACAGUCAUCAUUUGCCUCGUAUACCCCGAUCUGUCCCUAUAUACUGUGUAUUCGCUUCAGUCCAAAACAGUUAUACAUCAUAACAACUACAACUACAACAGUUGUAUAUGCUUAACCACAGUUCUAUAAUAUGUGCUCAUCAUUUGGUAAAUAAAAACUGCAUUCAACUAACUAAUGACUGUCCGGCUGGCUUUGCCAGUUGCUAUGAUCCACAUAUAUCAAACAUGAAAUACAAAGAGCGUGCCCGGAUCGUAUCGGAGUCAGAGCAAAAAAAAAAAAAAGAAGCUAAAUACGACAAAACCUGGAAUUGAGACCAAAUUGUCAUAAAAAUCAGUUAGUCAGUCAGUUAGUCAGUGGCAGCAGCAGCGGCUACCUGGCCAUAAAAUUUCAGAUUUUAGUUUUCAUUUUUCAUUUUUUCAGUUUCAGUUUUCGUUUUCAUUGGGCAGUGCGAUUCCGCGCCGUACCGUUUAGUCGAAAGAGAUUUGUUAACGCGCUCGGUUCGUCGGUUAAUAAGAGAACUCGAUAUUUAAUAAGUGAAGUGAUGCCAAGUGUUCUACUGCCUCAAUAAGAAUUUGGUUAAAUCACAUCACAAGUGUUUGGCGACGUGUUAAGCAUUAUGCACUCCUUCUAUGCAUUAUUCAUAUUUUGCAAUAUAUUUGCAAGCAUUCGAACUGAAACCGGUGAAUUUGAGAAACUAGUUAUACCGCCGACCUAUGGCAAGCGAGAUCUGAGCAGCGAUGGCAACAGCAGCGCCAGCAGCCACUCGGUGUCCGCCCGCUCCUACCUGGGCCAGUCGGCUGGCGCCUCGGAGUGCGCCUUUGGCACCGAGUGCACGCCCCUGCACGACUGCACGGCCAUGAUCUACGAGGUGGCCAAGAACUGUUAUUACGGCGACAAGUCGUUGUAUUGUGGCGGCGGCGAGGAGAUGCCCUACGUGUGCUGUCCAAGCAGUCCGCUGGAGAAGAAUCAGGUGUGCGGCAAGUCGCUGGUGCAGGGGCAUUUCUACCGGGGACUCGGCUCGUAUCCGUUUGUGGCGCGCGUGGGCUUCAAGCAUGUCAACACGGGCGCCUUUGCCUAUCCCUGCGCUGGUUCGAUCAUUGCGCGACGCGUCAUCCUAACGGCCGCCCAUUGUGCACUGGCCAAAGCCGACGGCCAUCGACUCUCAUCGGUGCGCGUUGGCGAGUACGACACCUCCAGUGAUCCGGACUGCGCCAGCACUGGCUUCUGUGCACCGCGCUCAGUGAAUCAUGCCAUUAGCCAUGUGAUUGUGCAUCCCGACUACAAGCAAGGCCAAUAUCAUCAUGACAUUGCGCUGCUGGUGCUCAAAACGCCGCUCAAUUACUCGGUGGCCACCCAGCCGAUCUGUUUGCAAAAGACACGCGCCAAUCUGGUCGUGGGCAAACGGGCGACUAUCGCCGGCUGGGGCAAGAUGUCCACGUCGAGCAUACGCCAGCCAGAGAUGUCGCAUCUGGACGUGCCGCUGACCAGCUGGGAUCUCUGUCUACGCAACUAUGGCUCCACGGGCGCCCUCGAAUCACCCAACUCCAUCGAGGGCCAAUGGAUGUGCGCCGGCGGCGAGGGCAAAGACGUAUGCCAAGGCUUUGGCGGUGCGCCACUCUUCAUUCAGGAGAACAAUAUCUUCUCACAGAUUGGUAUCAUGUCCUUUGGCUCGGAUAAUUGCGGCGGGCUGCGCAUACCCAGCGUCUACACGAGCUUGGUUUACUUCCAGGAAUGGAUACAUGACAAUACGCCGCCAGAGUAGAAACAGCUAAUGUUCAUAAUUUUCCUAAGCUAAGCUUAACUUUUAAACGCACAUGAAUAUAUUUAUAAAUAAAUAUAUGUUCAUUUAUA